AUGGGGAGGGCCGAUGCCUUUGGUAGGGGAUAUGUGCUUUAUAUUGUUGGUACUUUGAUGGUUACCCUCGCUGGGGUUUUUGUUCUUCUCCGGCUGGUCGGCAGAUAUCUCAGAGAUGGAAUAAAGGCAGAUGACUGGACAAUACUUGGAGCAUUGGUCCUCGCCAUUGUUUUUACAGUGGUGCAUAAUCUGGGCAUUGGAUAUGGCUUGGGGAAGCAUGGAAAUGAGAUCUCAGCGCAGGAUAAAAUGGAAGCAUUCAAGAUGCUGCUUUGUGCACAAGUUUUGUUUAAACUCGUCAUCGGUCUCGCAAAAGUAUCGAUAUUGUCUCUAUACUUAAGGGUGUUCACUGCCAACAACUACUUCCGAUGGGCUUGUAUCAGCAUGAUCGUCAUCACAAGCGUGGCAUCUAUCGUCUUUAUCUUCCCAACGCUAUUCCAAUGUCGACCGCUAGCGGCCUUUUGGGAUCGCAGUAUCCCACAUAAAUGCAUGAACGAUCUGGGCAUAUGGCUAUCGCACGCCCUGAUAAACAUUAUAACCGAUAUUUUGAUAUUAUUCUUGCCGGUAUACUACGUCUCUCGACUCGGGCUACAGUUCCGCGACAAAGUUGCAUUGAUCUUUGUCUUCCUUCUCGGUGGAUUUGUCUGUUUGAUAAGCAUAAUCCGCUCUACGACUUUCCCACAAUCUGCGAAGCCGGUUGAUGUUACAUACAAUUUUCUAUUCAACGCAUUGUGGGCUACCGUUGAAAUGAACACGGCCAUAAUAUGCGCUUGUCUACCGAUUAUCCGCCUGCCGCUUUCAAUAUUCUUCCCCCGAGUCUUUGGGAGAUCAUCUCAAACUAGAGCCAAGUGCUCUCCAGGCUUUUUCACUUGCCGGUCUGCGCGUUACCAAAACCGACGUGAGACAAACCCUUCUCUUAGCAUUGCUGGCAGUUUGCCAUGGAACAUGCAUAACGGGGACAAUGUUGUGACCACAUCUGUUGAACCCGGACGCGGUCGGGACCUCGCCCGAACGGAGAGCGAGGAACGUAUAAUUGAUAUGGAAACCCUCGAGGCGUCUUGCGGAGGGAUCCUUAAACAAACAGAUGUAUUUGUAUCUGAAACUAGAAUGGGUGUAAAUUAA